AACUUAACACAAUGACAGAAAUGUUCUAAAAAAACUAGUUCAACAAGAAACGUACGGUAGUGUAACGGUAGACUGGAAUUCUGACAGUGACAGCUCAGGUCCCUUAUUGGACCUUUUUUCGCUUUUUAUUAAGUUAUAGUUUUAGUAAUUUUAACAGAUAUUUGCGCGAAAGAGCGCAAAAGGCUGUGUUCUAUUUAUUAUGGGAAUUUUAAGUACCAGUCUAGGAAUUGGAGCUACGUGUGGAGGUUUAUAUGCACUACGACGAUGGAGAGAAAAUCAAUGGGAAUCAUGUAAAACAAAUCGAAGACUUGAUGGCCAAGUGGCCGUCAUAACAGGUGCCACUUCAGGAUUAGGGAAAGUUUUGGCUGAAGAUCUAGUAAAUAGAGGAGCAGUUGUUGUAUUAGCUUGUCGUAAUACUACAGCAGCCAAGGAAGUGGCUGCCGAGAUAAAACAACAAUGUCCUGGAGCUCUACUUGAUGUUGUAGAACUGGAUCUGAGCUCACUUGAGUCUGUUAGGAAGUGUGCAAAUAUUCUUCUUGAAAGAUAUACUCAAAUCAACAUUCUUGUUUGUAAUGCUGGUGUGUCUAUCCCUCCAAAAAUGGGGAUUAAAACUGUUGAAGGCUAUGAAAUUAACUUUGGAGUGAACCAUCUUGGUCACUUCCUAUUAACGAAUCUAUUGGUGGACAGGUUAAUAGCUUCAGCUCCAAGCAGGAUCGUGAUUGUAUCAUCAAAGUUACACGAACAAGGAUCAAUGGAUUGGGAAGGUUUUGAGGGUACUAAAGAGUUUGAAGGAGGAAAACGGGGUCCUAAUGCUGCCUAUUGCAGCUCAAAAUUAGCCAACGUGUACUUCGGAAUAAAGCUCGCUGAGAAACUUGAAAAUCGAGGAGUGAAUGUAUACACAGUGUGCCCAGGCUGGAAUUACACUAAGCUUUUUCGCUAUUCCUCUGUUCCAUUUUAUUCGUGGAUUGCCAUCAUACCGAUUGCGUUUUGGUUUAUGAAACCUGCAAGGAUUGGAGUUCAAACUCUUAUACACUGCGCAGUAUCCGAAGAUACGGAGAAUGAAACGGGACUUUUCUAUCGUGACUGUAAGGUUUAUCAAACUCAAGCUAACUUAAAGCCCAAGGCGAUUAAUGAACUAUGGGAGCUAAGCUGUAAAUUAUGUAAAGUCGAAUGGUAUUAACGCUCAGUUCAAUACACUUAUUAGUAAUGUGACAUAA